UUAAUAUGCAUUAGUUAAUAAAACCACAAAAAUGCAGCAUUUGAGGGGCAGAGUUAGGGGGCAGAGUCUACCAAAUAUGGCGUUGCAGAGAUCUAUAAAAAAUAAACACAGAAUAAACGUAGUUUUUAUUGGUGAUAAAGACGUUGGAAAGACCUCUUUAUUUGAACUAUUCCGGAGCCAUAAAGUUUGUGAAAUGACACAAAGCACCGUUGGUCUUAAUGUUCAGAUUAUAAACAUGGUACCAAGACAAAGGAAUGUUACAGUCGAGUUGAUUAUUCAUGACACUGCCGGUGAAGAGAGAUUCAAAUCAAUUAUGCAAUCUUAUUUCAGAGAUGCAGAUAUUGCCUUGCUCGUGUACGAUAUUACUGAUGGUAAUUCAUUCCAGAAUGUCAGAAACGAAUGGAAAAAAGACGUCAUAGAAGGUAGCAACAACGAAGACAUAUGUAUGAUAUUAGUCGGCAAUAAAACUGAUAAGGGAGACCAAAGAAUCGUUGAAUCGUGUGAUGUAGCGACAUAUGCUCGAGCAAACCGUAUGCGUUUCAUUGAGGUGUCUGCUAUGAAUCCAGAUGAUUACGAUCUUUUAUACGGAGAGAUUUUAAGAGCUGUUGAGGAAGUACUUGAUAAAGGAGGAUCUUUUGUGUAUAGAAAUAUACAACCAGGUGCCAAUAUACGGUUGCAUGAACCUCAACCUCAGGCAGGACAUCAACAGCAAGAACCUCAGGAAGGACGUCAACAGCAAGAACCUCAGGAAGGACGUCAACAGCAAGAACCUCAGGAAGGACGUCAACAGCAAGAACCUCAGGAAGGACGUCAACAGCAAGAACCUCAGGAAGGACGUCAGCAGCAAGAACCUCAGGCUAAGAGUCGGUGUAGUUGUUGAUAUGUAAUGGAGCGAAUCAUUUUAAUACUACUUUAUAGAUUAUUUACUGUGUGUUUAUUAUUAUUUUUUAUUUUUUGUAUUUUUUAUUUUUAUAUUUUUAUUAUGUGGGAGUGGCUCAACGAAAAGA